AUGACUACCUUUCGAGUUGCCACGGACAGUGGAACGCCUGACGCAGCAGCUGGCGCAUCAAAAUCUAGAAUGGGUGGUGCUGCGGUGCCUGCAACGAAUGGUGCGCAGCCGAGUGCGGCCAGCACGAUUCCUCUGAGCGCGCGCAAGGCAGCGCCGCUGGAUCUCGCUACCGUGGAGCGCAGAGGACAUGGAGCGCCAAACCACCUGCCACCCAAACAGAACCGUCUUUUUGGCCUGCGCGAAUCUCCCACAUAUCGACCGACAGCCGAGCAGUUCAAGGACCCUGUGGCAUACAUCCAAAGCAUUCGCGAAGAAGGGCAAAAGUACGGCAUCGUCAAGAUUGUCCCACCAGACAGCUGGAAGCCACCAUUCGCCAUCGAUACUGAGCGCUUCCACUUCCGCACGCGGCGACAGGAACUCAACUCGGUUGAAGGUGGCACGCGUGCCAACUUGAACUAUCUCGAUCAGCUCGCCAAAUUCCACAAGCAACAUGGCCACAGCCUCACUCGAUUUCCGAGCGUGGACAAACGCCCCUUGGAUCUCUACAAGCUCAAGAAGGCCGUUGAGAAGAGAGGUGGAUUCGAACGUGUUUGCAAGCAGAAGAAAUGGGCUGAAAUCGGACGCGACCUCGGCUACAGCGGCAAGAUAAUGUCUUCACUGUCGACGUCGCUCAAAAACUCGUAUCAGAAAUGGCUACACCCAUACGAGGAAUAUCUGCGACUCGUCAAACCUGGUGUGCAGCAGAUGCUGGAGUACGAGCAUGGCGGACCCUUCACACCGUCACCAGCCCAUUCGCCCAUAAAGAAAUCGCUACAGGGUACGCCUGUCGCCAACGCUGCAGAGUCACCGGCUAUGCGAGCCUCAGCGGCGCUGAACGCGACACUGCAGGGUGACUCUGUGCCUACUCCACCACCAGAGCUCUCACGACCUGCCAUGCAGGGGGGCUUCACACCGGUGAACUCGGGAGGCUUCACAGCGGUCAAUGCGAACUCAGCACAAAAGCCGUCUACACAACCAUCCACACCUAGUACUUUUACUGCGGCGAAUUUGCCGAGUGCGAUACAUCGAGAUGUGCUGGAAUCGCGCACGUCGACACCUUUGCGCAAUGCUGGCAGUCCCAUGCUCUCAGCUGACAACACCCCGGACUUCAGACCGCCCGGAGCCGGCCUGACCCCGCUAGCCAAUGGGCAGCAUUUCAACCAGCUGAAGCGAACCUUUUCCCAGGACCCAGAGAGCAGUGCAAACGACGAUGUGGAUGAAGCAAACGGCCGACGUAGCAAGCGGCUCAAAAAGGACGCCCCCCCUACCGUUGCGGGCUCACACAUGACACAGCCUCGUCAGUCGACCCCCAGUCGAACUUUCCCACGCGUUCGAUCAGCCGACGAUAGACCUGGUGACCGAUGCGAGACUUGCGGUACCGACAACGACCCUCAGAAUAUCCUACUUUGCGACAGCUGCGACGCUGGUUACCAUGGUUCUUGCUUGGACCCACCCAUCAAGGCUAUCCCUGCAUACGACUGGCACUGCCCUAGAUGUCUCGUAGGCACAGGGGAGUUUGGAUUUGAAGAAGGGGGCAUUUACUCGCUCAAGCAGUUCCAGGAACGAGCCCAGCUAUUCAAGCAGAAUCACUUCGUCGGCAAGACGGCCUUUGAUCCGGUCACCAAUUUGCCAAAACCAGUUACUGAAGAUGAUGUAGAACGUGAGUUCUGGCAUUCUGUUGCGAACGUUACGGAGACAGUCGAAGUAGAGUAUGGAGCAGACAUACAUUCCACGACACACGGAAGUGGCUUCCCAACUAUAGAGAAGAACCCACGCGACCCCUACUCGACCGAUCCAUGGAACUUGACUGUACUGCCCUAUGCACCAGAUUCGCUUUUCCGCCACAUCAAGUCCGACAUCUCAGGUAUGACCGUACCCUGGUUAUACGUGGGCAUGGUAUUCUCGACCUUUUGCUGGCAUGCGGAGGACCACUACACGUAUUCAGCAAAUUAUCAACAUUUUGGCGCUACCAAGACAUGGUACGGCGUACCAGCCGAGGACACCGAAAAGUUCGAGCAAGCCAUGCGUGAAGCUGUACCAGAACUGUUUGAGAGCCAGCCAGAUCUCUUGUUCCAGCUCGUGACGCUGUUGACUCCCGAGCAACUCUUGAAGGCUGGUGUUAGAGUCUAUGCUAUCGACCAACGUGCUGGAGAGUUUGUAAUAACCUUCCCAGAAGCCUAUCAUGCCGGGUUCAAUCAUGGCUUCAAUUUGAACGAAGCUGUAAACUUCGCGCCGAGCGACUGGGAGCCGUUUGGAGAGCACGGAGUUCAACGCCUUCAGGAUUACCGCCGUCAACCAUGCUUCUCUCACGACGAGCUACUGCUGGCAGCAGCAUCACGCAAAGACACAACCAUCAAGACUGCCAAGUGGCUUGCUCCUGCGAUGGAGCGAAUGCUUGCCAGAGAGUCACGGAUACGUGAUGAAUUCCUGGACAAACACAAAGCUGCGAGAGCGCAUACUUGCAAAGUUGACGGUACUGGCAAUGCCGGGGGCUCCUGCGAACUCGACUUUAUCAUCGAUGAUGCCGACAUGCAUGAGGAUGAAUUGAUUUGUGCCUUCUGCAAAUCAUACGGCUAUCUGUCUCGCUUCUACUGCACGAAGACCAAGAAGGUUUUGUGUCUACAGCACGCUGGAUGGUUUGAAUGUUGUCAAGACUCCCCAGAAGCCGAGCGUUACUCUGGAGCCAAGCUCCAACACAAGCUCGUAUAUCGCAUGCAGGAGGAUGAUCUUGAUGCGCUGGUGCAAAAGAUUGUCGACAAAGCAAGUACACCCGAAGUCUGGGAGGCAAAGAUUGAGGCUUUGCUUUCCGAGGGGCCUCGACCUCAAUUGAAGUCCCUACGUGCGCUCUUGCACGAAGGCGAGAAGAUUGACUGGGACUUGAACGGUCUCCAGGAUCUGAAAGAUUUCGUCGAGAAAUGCCAGGAAGUUGCUGAUGAAGCUACCUCUUACACCACUCGGAAGCAACAAGCCCGUCGCAAAGCAGAGCGUCCUGGAAGAGGACGGCCAAGCAAGUCGGCUGUUGCCGAGGCAGACGAGAAAGAUCGCGAAUAUCGCAAUGUGGAGAACAUACAAAAGCUUCUCAAUCAGGCAAAAGAUCUAGGGUUCGAUAGCCCGGAAAUAACUACGCUCCGAGAACGCGCUGAAAGCAUUGUCGAAUUCCAGACUAGAGCACGCACCGCUCUACGCGAGCGCACUCCCGAGCAGAGUAUCGCACGGCUCGACGAGCUUUUGGAAGAAGGCAAGGGUUUCAACGUCGACCUACCUGAACUCGAAUCUCUCGAAAAGGUGGUUCAGCAGUUGAAGUGGCUCCAAGAGGCACAGGACUUCAAGGUAAAGCCUGCGCCGACGCUCCAAGAAGUUGGCGAACUCAUCAAGAACGGCAUCGAAGUCGGCAUGCCAGAGCAUCAUCCUGACCUUCGCUUCUUGCAAGAGAAGAAAGAUCAAGGUGAGUUCUGGGAGAAGAAGGCGAAGGAGCUCAUGGAAGUGGAGAACGUGCAUUAUCAGCAACUCGAUGCCUUCUCCAAACAAGCGACCAAUCUGCCGGUAACACCAGAGACUCGAGCCGCGAUGGAUGCCAUAUUGAAGAAACAACGAGAUGCACAAGAGCUGAUCAUGUCUCUGUACGAGCGAAGCAAGAAUCAGGACUUCUCACAACGGCCAAAAUACAUGGAGGUCCGCAACGCCAUGGAGUCUUUGAAUGCGCUGAAUGGAAAGCCCAAUGGCACAAACGACCUUGAGAAGGAGCAGAAGCGACAUGAAGAUUGGAUGAGGCGAGGAAAGAAGCUCUUUGGCAAAGCCAACGCGCCCUUGCAUAUCCUACACGCGCACAUGAAACAAGUCGAUGAGCGUAAUCGAUCCUGCUUCGAUUUGGGAGACCAGCCUCGAAUGCCCGUAGAGCCCGCGUCCCGUGAACAGAGCCCAGCCGACGGAGAAGAGGAGGACGGCCCCUUGUCCAGUCGAGACGUUUUCUGUAUCUGUCGGAAACCUGAAGCUGGUAUGAUGAUCGAGUGUGAAUUGUGUCACGAAUGGUAUCACGGCAAGUGCCUGAAGAUCGCUCGCGGAAAAGUCAAAGAGGACGACAAGUACACAUGUCCCAUCUGCGAUUAUCGUGUCAAGAUUCCUCGCGAUGCGACCCGCCCAAAACUCGAGGACCUCCAGCUUUGGCAGGACGAGGUCCCCGGGUUGCCAUUCCAACCCGAGGAAGAGGAAACACUGGACUCGCUGAUCGAGCACGGUACUAGGUUCCGGGAGUACGUCGCGCGAUACAUCAACCCGUUGAUGUCAAGCCCUGAUGAACUUACUACCCAACGAUUCUACCUUCGGAAGCUUGAGGGUGCCGAAAUUCUUCUCUCGAACGAGAUCAACUUCUUCCGCCAAGAGUUGCACAAAUGGGCACCAGUAGCCCCGACACCACCGCCUAUUCUGCAAGUGUCUCUGUCUACACGUAAGCCGCGACCGACGAAGCAGCAAAAGCUCAUGAGUCAGUUGGGCAUUACCAAUCCAGACGACCUCCCACAGCACCUCAAAACCAAAACCCAUCAGUUCAAGCGCAAGGAUGGAGAGAAGCCACCGAGCAACCCGUCGGGCGCCGCUGAACAGUCGCAUACUCCACCCGGUGAGCCUCGUCAAGGUCAACCCGAGGGUGAAAGCAGCGAGUACUUCAACACUACCACCACGUCUACGUUCAACAACUCGCCCACAUUUGCUACGAGUGCUCCACUGAAUUUCAGCGGCUCUUCAUCGAUUGCGCCUCUAGACCCAGGUCUUUUUGAGAGUUCAGGGCCCGCAGCUCCAACUAGUCCCAUGCAAGACCCCUUCAAGAGCUCAAAUAGUGGACAUGAGAUGUUUGGCGAAGCGAUGGAAAUGGGUGGCGGUCAGGCAGAAGAGGCACUGGCUGUCACCGAAGGCAACAACUACAUGGACUAG